CCACAUUUGCGCCUUCGCUGUUAGUAAGGACAGUACUAGUUUGCUCUUACAGUAACGUAUUAUCUACAGCAGUCGUUGUUUAUUUUAAGUUAUAUACGUAACAUACAAUACCUUGUUGUAAUUAUGAGUGAAUUCACGACCUUCACCGAGGGCGAGUUCUAUGAGGGGCAUUUUGACUCGCGAGUUUAUGUGAAGAAUUUUUAUUCCUGCCCUAGCGGUCACGCUGACGAGAAGAAUUUCCUUACUUUCGUUUUGAGAUGCCUUAGCAGAGUUUUCUCGGCGGGAGAGCAUAAAGGCAAGCGGCUGAUCGAUGUAGGCAGUGGACCAUCUAUCCACAGCGUCUUGAGUGCGUGCGAACAUUAUGACGAGAUUGUGCUGUCUGAUUUUGCAAAUAACAAUCGUAGAGAAAUUGAAAAAUGGCUGAAAAAUCAAGAGGGGAGUUUAGAUUGGAAACCUAUGUUGCAGUACGUUUGUGAACUGGAGGGGAGAAGCCCGUCUGAUUUGGAGGCUACACUGAAGCAACGAGUCAAGAAAGUUUUAAAAUGUGAUGUCCGGUUGGAGAAUCCAUUUUAUCCACACACACUGGAACCAGCUGACUGUGUCAUAACAUCUCUGUGUCUGGAAGCAGCGUGUAAAGACUUUCAAACAUACUGUCGUUCUCUACAUGGGCUGACCAAACUUCUGCGUCCUGGUGGACUUUUGGUCAUGAUAGGUGUUCUGGGUGAGAGCUUCUACAAGGUGGAUGAACAGCUCUUUUCUUGUCUUGGACUGAGUCAGGAUAAUAUUGAAGAAGCACUCAGUGGUUCAGGCCUCUCAAUCCAGGAGUUUAAUAUACUGCCUGCAGAAGACCAAGAGAAAAACUCUGUGUCUGACUUUGAGGCCGUUUUUCAUCUUGUAGCUAGAAAACCCUCUGAGUGAAAGCGCAAAUAGAGGGAUUUAUAUAAUACAGCAAAACAGUUGUAUUUAAAGCUAGAGCACACCAAAAUAAACCCUUUUAUAGCCCAGGAUUUUUCUGCUUAUUAAUAAAUCCACUGUAGAAGAUUUGGCAUUUUAGAUGAACAUGGAAUGUAUAACUCUUGAAACUUUUAAUGUGUUUUAUAAUGUGAGGAUUUAAAAGAUAGAUCAUAAAAAGAAAAUUAUUUUACUUAAAAUGUUCACGUCUUUUUUAAUAAUACGAUUUUUGAAGUAAUAAACAUUACUAUGAACUCUAUUUCAUGAAUUACAUUCUUUACACAAACAAUGCAAAAGAGAGCUUCGUCCGUGCACUUGGGGAAUAUUUCAUCCAAACUUUCCUCACUAUGAACCAUUUUAAUACCUGCAAAGCCACAACGUAUGUGAAACAAAUAACACCACAAAGGAAAUAAACCAAGACCAAGCUUGUAUAGUAUUGUACAGUAUGACUCCAUAUCAUGAAACAAUCUGUUUUAUAUCGGAGCAAGUGUUCCAAAUGGAAAAUUAAAACAAAUAAAUGCAAAUGAUUGGUUCUUGCUCUGUAGCACAAAUUUGUGACUCUCAUAGACUUCAACACAAAUGCUUAGUCAUUCAUUGAUUAUAAUACUUUAUGGCCUGCUUGACCCCAUUAUAUAUUACAGAUUAAGUGAUUGCUGUUUGUUUUCAUUUAGUGUUAGAGCAAGUUUUUGUUCCCGCCAAGAUUAAACGAUUGCUGUUCAUUUUAAUUUAUUUUUAUUUUUAUGUAUAUUCUUAUUUUAGGCUGGUUUUGUGGAUCAAACGAUUCACUAAAAAGUUCCAACUUAAUCACUACUUCUCUCAUGAACAGAAGUUGUUUUCAGCAAGCAUUCCUCAUAGAAUAUGGCUUUGGAAACCUGAAUUUUUUUUAGCCCGAGUCCUUAUUCAGUUUAAAAAUAUCGAAACCAGUGGCCAAGACAUUGUUCAAAAGCUCACAUUUCGUGUUCCAUAUGGGCUUUAGAACAUGAGGGUGAGAUUUUUGUGUGAACUAUCCCUUUAAGGAGACUUGUGAAGUCAUUCAAAAGUCACUGAACAUUCAAUAUAAGAUACUAAAACAUCUUUAGU